AUGUGCAUCAAACAUACAAUACUCGUCAUCAUUACAAUCAUACAUUUCACUUUCGGAUUCAUUGCGUACGAUUGUCAUGGGCCUGCUCAAAAUGUCACGUCCUUUGACAGCUUAGAAGUGGACAACUGUGAUUUUCCAAUAGCAUCAACAACCCAACAGGUACCGAAAAUACAAUUACUACAAAGGAUUGAAACUUACCCUGUUCAUUUUAAGUCGUGUUUGAUAACAGUUGAUUAUUUAAUAAAAAGAUGCUCACUAUUUGAAGAUGCACAAUUAGUAGAGGGAGGGUAUUUUUCUGAAGUCGUAGAUUUAGGAAAUGCUCGAUGUUCGGAAAUUCAUCAAAAACGUUCAUAUACAUUUCCCCUGGGAGGUAUAGUAACGGAUUUGCAAAUGAACGAAACAACAUUAAUAUCGCACACAGUGGCAGGAUCACUGGACAGAUUUGGAAAUUGUAGAGGCAUGAAUUUUAAAUCGAGUAGAGGAGAAUGGGAAGACGUCGUAGUACAAGCUAAAUUCAAAAUAUAUUUAUCAGAAGGUUCGGCUAUAGCAAAUACCAAAGAUAACACUCUUAUACUUCCGUCGGGUACAAAAAUGAAAUUAUCCGAUAACUAUGGUAUUGACACGUUUAAAGGUGAAACCGUAUGGACAAAUAACCAUUUUAAUUGUGAAGAACAAGAUUUCGUUGUUUUAUUUGAUGGCCCAGCAUCAUUGAUAACCUCGAUCACUAACGAUAACUCCAGUAUAUACAAGUAUAUCGUAUAUCAAUAUGAAUUCUGA